AUAAAUUUAUAAAUAGAAUCUCUUAAUAUUUAUUUUACAAAUCCAAAAAGACAAAGGAAAAGCAAAGGUUUGCGUCCAUUCAUUUAUGCUCCCGUUGAAUUCGUACUCAAGUCAUUCAUCUAUUCAUCUUUCCUCAAUCAUUUUAGAAAACCUGGAUUCCGGCCGGUUUUUUCGAAAUCCUGGUUUUCUAAUUACAAAGUCUGUUACGUAUAUAAUCAUCUUCCACUAGAUUCGCUCUUCAAUCUGUUGUCCAAAUUAAUGGCUUCUACAAGUCAUCGAGCUCGCUGGGACGUUUUUAUAAGCUUCAGAGGCAGUGAUACGCGACAUUCAUUUACUGAUCAUCUCUAUGGAGCCUUACAAAGCAACGGUGUUCGAACAUUUAUGGAUGAUCCUGAGCUACGCAGCGGAGAGGUAAUUGCAGACGCUUUGCUUCAAGCGAUUGAGGAAUCCAAGACUUACAUUGUUGUCCUCUCCAAAAAUUAUGCUUCUUCACGUUGGUGCCUUGACGAGCUAGUAGCGAUCCUCAGUUGCUACAAAAGAAUGAAUAGAUGUGUAAUUCCUGUGUUCUACAAAAUUGAUCCAUCUGUUGUGCGACACCAAACUGGGCGUUUUAAAGAAGCUUUUGAAAGACAUGAGAAUCGUGUUGACAUGGAUAGAUUGGGCAAGUGGCGCAGUACACUGACCACCGUGGCCGAUCUUUCAGGAUACUCGGUGCCUAAAAAUAUAUCUGGUCAUGUUUCUUCAAAUCCAUAUCCCGCAUUCUCCGUCGAAGCACACAACUACCAUCGUUACCAGGAGUGCUUGAUUUUCGCUGUGAUCAACCCUAGGUGCGGAACUUUAGAGACUGAAGUCAUCGACUGGGGAGGGAUUUGCAGGACGCCUCAACUUUGUACGAAUAUGAGUUUAGGGCGAAGGAGAAGAAGUAGACUGAUCGAUAACUCAUGGGUAUACAAUUGGACAAAAAAGAAGCCUGAAUGCAUAACUAUUAACGAUGACGGGCAUAGUUGCAAGUCUGCCCACGUUGUUUCAAAGGGUACUUUGCUUAAGAAAAAAGUACGUGGAAGCGUGAUUGGCAUGCUAUUAAGGUCCAAAAACAAAAAAGAGGCAUUUGGCGUUGCAGAAGAUGGUCAAUUUCAGCAAAAUAAAAUUGUUGGGAGAUUAACGAUUUUAGCACUAGAAAAUAUAUUCCUAACGUGUUCCACGAUUGUAAGACUUUAUGUUUAGUUGCUACAUUAGAUUAUUUGGAAAUAUAUUUUGUUAUGAAAUUACAAUUUUGGUUGUGGGAAUUUAGAACAUGGGGAUACACAUUUCUAGCGGGUUGUUUAUAUGAAUUUAAAACUUUGUGUUUGCUAAUGAAAGUGCCCAGAGUUGUGGUACUGCACUUAGUUCAUGUC